GGGUUUGUGUGUAUGCCAACCAUCUCUUUAGACUUUCUGAAACAGUCAUCAAAAACGCCCAAGAAAAAUAAAAAUCAUUCAUCUUCUUGCAUUUCUUCUUGGCCAUUGUAAUCAUGAGUUUUUUUUGCCAUCAUUACCAUGAAAAACCUGUCUCUCUCUCCCCUUCUAUAUAACUACACAUUUAUUUCUCAUGUCUUCUUCAUCUCCACAUACCUCUAAAAUUUCAAAAGUUUUUUUACUUCCCUUUUCAGUUUCUCUCAUCCUUUUUGUUUUAUCUUCUUGCUAGUAACUUAAUUUACAAGAAACACUAAAAUGUGUUUAAAGCUUUCGAGACCGAGCCCGAGUAUUCAUAUCGUUUUCCGCAACAAAACGACAAAUGAUCUUCUGUCUCACCGUUUUCGAAGGAGGAGGAGAAUGGAAAUGAAGAAUUUGAAACUUCACAAGAAGAACAAAAACAUGAUUGAAGAGAAUGAGAAACUAAGAAAGAAAGCUUAUCUUCUUAACCAAGAAAACCAAGCUUUAUUAUUUCAGCUUCAAAACAGUAUUUCUAAUAAGUCAGUGGUUGCCUCUUAACAACUAUAUAAGCAAGACUAAAUAAAUAAAUAUAUAUAGGUAAUUUAUAUACUCUGUACUGUGGUAGAAGAGGAUUAAAUAUAGGUAUACUGGAUCAAUCUUUAUUGCUAGCAUUGUUUAAUAAUAUAAUUAAUCUUUUAUUA